AUAGUGUCAUAGCUAAGGCGGUAUUCGGUCUGUGUAGCACUUAGGUUUUAUCACAAUGAUCAGUCGGAUUUAAUCGUCCAUGAACGGCAAGCGGACGCUUUGUUAGUGAUAGGCGCAGAAGUUUAGAUUGGUGUGUUAUCUUCUCGACUGUAUAAAAUGUAAGUGCAUACAAGCUAACAAGAAGAUUGAAUAUGUUUAAGGACAGGGAAUCGUGUAAAACUGUGAGCUAUACAUUUAGUUUAACAUAAACAUUGUGUGACAAUGGUACAGUUAAACAAAAUCAAACGUUUAUUAAUUGUAAUCGUGUUUAUGUGCAUUUGUGUUGGAGUAUUCCGUGUUGUUUACAAGCCAUUACCGGAUAUCAAAUUACUCACCAGAUAUUCCGGAAACGUCAACCAAACCGACGGACAAGUGUUAAGCUUGACCUUACCGUUGAUAAUUUAUAAGCCAGACACAGUGGCAAAGCCAGUUAUUUCAAAUACAUUAAGAUUCACAAGUUAUGUGCGCUUUUUUAAUACGUCUGCUGACUAUUCAAGUGCAAAGCAGAUUCACAAAUGCGUUGAUCUUAAGAUUCAAUCAAUAGGUAACACUCCCAUAUGUGUGUACGAUCCUGCGAUAGAUAUCUAUGUUUCCAAGUCCAUUAUUGACAACGGUAACUGGGAAGGAGAUCUUAUUCGUUUAGUGGUGAAUAUAAUUCAAGAAACUCCAGAUACAGUUUUCUUGGAUUUUGGGUGCAACGUUGGUGUAUAUACCCUUGCCAUCGCCAAGUUUGGUCGACAGGUGACUGCGCUCGACGCCAAUCGGAAGAACCUGGAGAUGCUCACGACGUCACUUCAAAAAGGAAAUCUUACAAAAAUGGUAACGCUAAUCUGGAACGCGCUCUCUGACAAAACUGAAACCGUUGGAUUUAAGGAAGACAGAAAAAAUAUUGGCGGUCUUCAAAUGGUCGGCGAAGUAAGCAGCACAAGUUUUGUUAGUGACGAAAAUAGCUCUGUUGCUAUUGUACUUGACGAUUUAGUUCCCAUAUUCAGAAAUCAAUCCGUGUUAAUCAAAAUGGACAUAGAAACAUAUGAGCUCAAAGCUAUGUUAGGCGGAAAACAGUUUUUUAAAGAGGUAGAUGUUAAAUUUCUAUUAAUGGAAUGGAUGCACCAUAAACUAUCAGAUGUUGGGACUGGGAUCAUACAGUUCAUGACUGAAAGAGGCUAUACACCAUUUAGUCCACUACAGAGAUCUGUGCCUCUAAAAAUUAAAGACAGACAGCUUUGGUCCUCGGAUAUAAUUUGGGUCAAGAAUCCCAUGAACGGCACUUGGUCAGCUUAGUGGUUUUCAUAUAUGCGUUAGGUGACAAUAAUUACGUUGAGUUUCUGUUAGGGUAACAUACAAAUUAUAAAAGCAGCAGCUUUCAAACAUAGUGAAUUAUAUAUUUGGAAUUGUAAAUUUAGCUAUUGAGUUGUAUGUCUAUUUUACUUUAAAUGCAAUCGGCUUCAUUUUGUCAACAGCCCAAAUGAACUACAUAGUUAUGUGCAUAUACGCUAGCACCAUUGCCUGAAAUUUACACAGUUUCGAGACAUUCGAACUUCAUUUCAUCAAUAAAUUACUGCUGUUGUUAAUGCUGAAUUUGAACUUAAAUAAAAAGUUUUUUUUCUCCAGGUUUUACUUAUACUGUUAUGAUUUAUUUUUUUGGGAUGGCAACGGUUAUUCGGUUAUCCGUUUCUUAAGGAGGUUAACCGGUUACAAUAUUAAUAUUCGGUUACUCUUCGGAAAUUUUUGUUUGAUAGCAAUAAAUGCUAAAAUCGUAA